AGUCCGGGUCACGCCGAAGCCGUUGCCCUUUUAAGGGGGAGCCUUGAAACGGCGCCCGGGUUCCAUGUUUGCAUCCGCCUCGCGGGGAGGAAACUCCAUGUUGUAACAAAGUUUCCUCCGCACCCCCUCCCUCCCCCUCCCUCUCCCCCUAAGAACCUGGCUCCCCUCCCCUCUGAAGCUCGCGGGGAUCCCUCCCUCCCACCCCUCCCCUCCCCCCCGCGCCCCGAUUCCGGCCCGAGCCGGGGGGGAGGCCGGGCGCCCGGGCAGGAGUCCGGCCGGAGCGGAGCGCGCCCGGCCCCAUGGACAGCUCGGCAGUCAUUACUCAGAUCAGCAAGGAGGAGGCGCGGAGCCCGCUACGGGGCAAAGGUGACCAGAAGUCAGCGACUUCUCACAAGCCCCGGAGCCGGGGCAUCUUCCACUCGCUUUUCUGCUGCGUCUGCCGGGAUGAUGGGGAGGCCCUGCCCGCCCACGGCGGGGCGCCCCUGCUCGUGGAGGAGAACGGAGCCGUCCCCAAGCAGACCCCAGUACAGUACCUGCUCCCCGAGGCCAAGGCCCAGGACUCGGACAAGAUCUGCGUGGUCAUCGACCUAGACGAGACCCUGGUGCACAGCUCCUUCAAGCCCGUGAACAAUGCCGACUUCAUCAUCCCUGUGGAGAUUGAUGGGGUGGUCCACCAGGUCUACGUGCUGAAGCGGCCCCACGUCGAUGAGUUCCUGCAGCGGAUGGGCGAGCUCUUCGAGUGCGUUCUGUUUACCGCCAGCCUAGCCAAGUACGCAGACCCCGUAGCUGACCUGCUGGACAAGUGGGGGGCCUUCCGGGCGCGGCUGUUUCGAGAGUCGUGCGUCUUCCACCGGGGGAACUACGUGAAGGAUCUGAGCCGGCUGGGCCGCGACCUUCGGCGUGUGCUCAUCCUGGACAACUCACCCGCCUCGUACGUCUUCCAUCCAGACAACGCCGUACCAGUGGCCUCGUGGUUUGACAACAUGAGUGACACAGAGCUCCAUGAUCUUCUGCCCUUCUUCGAGCAGCUCAGCCGCGUGGACGACGUGUACUCAGUGCUCAGGCAGCCACGGCCUGGCAGCUAGUGAGGCGCUCUGGGGCCAGGACCUGCCCCUGACCCGCGCCCACACCCCUCACACGAGGACUCUGCCUUAAGAAAACCCAGUGGCCAUGCCACCACCUCAGCGCCAUGGGAAGUGGGCGUCUCCCCCACCAGCCUGGGCAGGCCUCAACGGGGGCAGCAGGCUGCACCGAGGGCCAUGAGCCCCUGGGUCCCUGUGUCAGUGCCUUAGAACCUCCAUCCUCUCAGGGGACCCCUGGGGCCCCGCGUGCCGCUCCCCCUUUCUCGCUCGCUCUCUCUGUGCUGCCAUGUUCUCUGCUGCCAAAUUGGGCCCUCGGCCCCUUCUGAUUCUGUUUGGGGGCGGGGCAGGGUUCCUGCUGCCCCAUGCCUUCAGCCCCCAGCCUGGGAACAGUGGAUACCAAGUGCCUUGCGUAGAGCCCUCUUUCCUGCCGGGUUUUCCCCGGCCUGGACCACCAUCUGGUCAGCUCUGGAACGGUCUGCACGUUGCUGCAGUCUAGGCUGCUGGGGAAGGAACCAGUCUCCCCACCUCCUUUUUUGGGACUGACAUGUCCGCCACCAGUCUGCCUAGGAGGGGAGAAGACCCUUACCAUUUGGGAGGGAGCAGGGCUCUGCCCUCCAGGGCCCCGGGUUCCAGCUUCUCUGGGCUCAGUAGCAGCUGAGGGCUGCUCCCCACGUCACCCCAGCCCUGACCCCUCACGUCUGCCUUGACGCCCCCAGUACCAAGUGUGGGGCCUUGGCAGGACUUCUGUGGUGCCAUAUAAAUAUGUAUAUGUGUAUAUAGAUUUUUAGAGGAAGGGGAGAGGGUAGGGUCGGGAUAGACACCCCUCCCUCGCCGCUUUCCUGGGCCCAUAAACGGGGGAGGGAGGGAAAGGAUUUUUACAUUUUUUAAACUGCUAUUUUCUGAUGAAACAAGCUGGGCCAAGGGGCCCCAGGCCCUGUCCCCUGUCCCUCACACACUCUUUGCUCUGUUCAUUCGGAACACGUCAUUGAGCACCUUGUCUGUGCCCAGCACUGUGGUAGGCCCACCAGCUGAGUGUGUGUGGGGAUCUCUACAUCACCUGAUCAUGCCUCGCCCACCCACCCCAUACUUCACCGGUGCCUUUAGGGGAUCUGCAAGGGGUGGGACCCUUUUGUGGGGUUUGGGGGGUCUCCAGGAGGCCUAGCCAAGCUGUCCCCUCCCCUGUGCCAACCCACCCCCUGCAGCCCUCUGCCCCGCCCCCUGCUGGCUGGGGGCAGCUCCCAGGACGUUCUGCCUGUCAGCUCUGACUCCUUUAUCUGGAACCCCUCCCCCAAGUGCUGAGUCUGCAGGUCAAGGCCUUGGGUCUCUCCCCAGGGCCUAACGGUUAAGGGGACCCACGAAGUCCAAGGGGGAUGUCAAGGAGAGAGAUCAUUGCCCCUCCCCCCCAGAGAGCUGGGGGUGGGGGGAGGACAAGAUUGGCCUGAAGCGGGUGGCCUUCCCAUUUAAGUGCCUUCUCUGUGACUGAGAGCCCCACAGUGUGAUGAGAACUAAAGAGAAAGCCAGACGCCCCUA